AUGAUUGUCCAAGAAAUUCACAAAAAUAUAGAAGUAGAUCAAGGCUUGAAUUUGGAUAUAAUCAGCACCCUUCCACUAAAUAUAAUUGAAAAUAUUCUAACUCUUAUGCCAAUCAAAGAUGCAUGGAGAACCAGCAUUUUGUCAAGGGAAUGGAGAUAUUGUUGGACGACCAUGCCGCGACUUGUAUUUGAUAAGAGUUCUUAUUUCAGGAAGUUAGAUGUAUACAAGCUUGUCAAUGCCAUCCUUCAUGUUUUGUUACUACACAAGGGUCCCAUAGAGGAGCUAAAUAUUGAUCUUGGUCAUCAUGAAAUAGUAUCUGAGAUUGACCAGAUAAUACUUCAUCUUUCAAGGAUCAAUAAUGUGAAAAGAUUGAUCUUUAACCUUGAUGAUCAUUACUACUACAAGCUUCCGCAAGCGUUCUUUUCUUUGCAGGAAUUAGAAUACCUACACCUAUCAAAUUGUUACUUUGAACCUCCAGUAACAUUUCAUGGAUUUAGUGGGUUGAAGACACUGCGAUUUUUCAAUGUCCGGAUUAAUCCUCAAAUAUUGAAACAAUUACUUUCCAAUUGCCCACUACUUGAUGAACUCUGUUUGAGUGCAUAUGAGAAAGACCUUCGAAAAGAAAAAACAUUUACGUUUGUUGAGCUUCUAAGCUGUGUACCUUUGAUUGAGACUUUGCAAAUCUCAGAGGAUUACAUGAAGUAUUUGGCCACAGGUAGUAUCCCAAAAAAGCUUCCAACAUCACUAGUUAACCUCAAAUAUCUCUUUUUGGAUGUGUGCUUGAUGGAACAAGAUGAGAUUUAUUCUGCCUUUUGUAUUAUCAGGAGCUCCCCAAAUUUAGAGCAAAUUACUUUUGAGAUGCGUGAUAAUGAAAAUUUGCCUGUUCCAAAAACCUCCAUGUACUUACUUGAUCUACAAGAUGACUUGAGUUUAAACUUGGAUCAUCUCAAGAUCUUCGACAUAGAAAAUUUUAGUAACUUUGCUAUUGAGAUUAAAUUAGUGGAACUCUUCAUGGCUAAGUCACCUAUGCUGAGGAUGUACGGAUAA